CAGCGUUCUGCUUUCCCUCUUUUGCGUGGGGGGCAGGGAGAGUUGCCUGCCUUGCGCCGUCUUUGCCCCCCCAGGGCCCGUGCGCAGCCUCCAGGCACGGGGCCAGCUGCCUCCUGCUCUCGGCUGACCAGAGCUGAUGCUCCCACGGACCAAGCUGCGGGGGACUGAAAGCACCGCCUUGGCCGCCCACAGGCUGCACCUCCGCCCUCCUUUCCUCCUCCACGUCCGCCAGAACUCCAAGAUGGCAUCCUUCUGGCUCACUGCAGACUGGAACAAAUACGAUGACCGGUUGAUGAAAGCAGCUGAGAGGAGUGAUGUGGAGAAGAUUGCCUCUGUCCUCACGAAAAAAGGAGUGAACCCCACAAAACUGGAUGUGGAAGGGAGAUCUGCGUUCCAUGUUGUAGCCUCCAAGGGGAAUCUGGAUUGUCUGAAUGCCAUUCUUGUCCACGGGGUUGACAUCGUAGCUACUGACGCGGCAGGAAGGAAUGCUCUGCACCUCGCUGCAAAAUACGGACAUGCCCUUUGUCUGCAGAAACUCUUGCAGUACAACUGCCCGACGGAAAAUGUGGACUUGCAGGGCCGGACCGCUCUUCAUGACGCAGCAAUGUCCGACUGUUCAUCCAGCAUCCAGCUGCUGUGUGACCAUGGGGCUUCGGUGAAUGCCAAAGAUGCAGAUGGAAGGACGCCACUGGUGCUGGCCACUCAGAUGUGCCGUCCAACGAUAUGUCAGCUUCUGUUAGACCGGGGCACCGAUGUCAAUGCUAGAGACAAACAGAACCGGACUGCUCUGAUGUUAGGCUGCGAAUAUGGCUGCAAGGAUGCCGUGGACGUCUUGCUCAGAAAUGGUGCGGACGUCACUCUGGUGGAUGCUCUUGGCCACGACUGCGCUUACUAUGCACGGAUUGGUGACAGUGUGGACAUCUUGACUCUGAUCAAGGCUGCCAUGGAGGAAUCCAGCAAGGCAGGCUAUGAGGUCAUGAAGAAAGGGCAGCCUGGACUAAAGGUGACUGGCUUGCUGUCCAAGUGGAGUCAGCCAAACGCCUUGGAGGAAGCCAACUUCAAGCCCUUUCAGAAGGAGCCCCGGAAUGUACAGGAACUGGAACGAGAGAAUGAGGACUUAAAAGGCAGACUGAGGGAGAUCCAGCAGGAGCACCGAAUCCUCCUGGACAGAAUAAGCGGGCUACAGCUGCAGCUGAACGAGGAGCAGAUGGUUGCUGAUGACCUUGAAAGUGAGAAGGAUGAGCUCAGGAGGCUUCUGACUGCAAAGGAAAAGCAGCAAGAGGAAAGCCUGCGAAUGCUUGAAGCACUGAAGUCAAAGCUGCGGUUCUAUGAGGGUGACCAUGCAGGAUCUGGAAGCAGUUUUGGCAGCAAAGGGAAAGAAGACCUCCUGCUUAAGCAGGGCUUGGGCUACUCGGCAGAACCACAGCACGUCUCUGCUCCGGUGCCCAUUGGCCUGCAGAGCAGGUCCAUGGUGAGGCCUUUGGAGCUCCUGGGCCCCAGUCAGGCUUCUGCCGCCGAAGCCGAAGCGCUGAAGCGGGAGCUGAGCGGCCUGCGGAGCUGCUACGAGGCGGGGAGAGGUGAGGCCGGCAAGCUGCAGCAGGAGCUGGCCCACAAGGCCGCCGAAUGCCAAGCCCUGGCGCGGGAGUGCGAGAGGAGCAAGCAGGAGUCUGACCAGCAGAUCAGGCAGCUGGAAGACGCCCUGAAGGAUGUGCAGAAGAGGAUGUUUGACUCGGAAGGGAAGGUCAAGCAGAUGCAGACCCACUUCCUGGCCUUGAAGGACCACCUGACGAGCGAAGCCGCCGUGGGCAGCGGCCGGCUGGUGGAGGAGCUGAAGGAGCAGCUGCGGGAGAUGAAGGCCAAGUACGAGGGGGCCUCUGCCGAGGUGGGCAAGCUGCGGAACCAGCUGAAGCAGAACGAGCUGCUGGUGGCCGAGUUCCGGAGGGACGAGGGCCGGCUGGUGGAGGACCAGAAGCAGCUGCAGAAGGAGCUGGGCAUGUUGAAGGGGGAGCGCGAGCGGAGGGAGAGGCGGGUCUCGGAGGCCGAAGGGCAGCUGGAGCAGGUGAAGAGCUCCCUCUCGGGCCAAGUGGAAGAGCAAGCCAGGAGGCUGGCGGAGGCGGAGCGGGAGCGCGAGAGGCUGCAGGCGGAGGCGCGGCGGCUGCGGGCGGAGCUGGAGGGCCAGAAGGCCCAGCUGGCCCAGGCGGUGAAGGCCGAGGAGCACCGGCACCUGAAGAGCAGCUACGAGCAGAGAGUCAAGGAGCUGGAGAGGGCCCAGGCCGAGGGGCAGCAGCAGGGCCAGGCCCUGCAGAAGGAGGCGGAGAGGCUGAGCGCAGAGAACGGCCUGCUGAGGCAGCAGCUGGACACGCUCCGGAGCGAGCUGAAGAGCUGCUACGUGCCUCUGAAGGUCAGCGAAGACAUGAAGAGGGCCGGCGACGUGGCCGUGGGGGAGCUGCAGAAGCAGCUGGCGGAAGCCUCCGAGAAGCACCGCAGGUCCCAGGCGGAAGCCGAGAAGCUGCUGGCGGAAAAGAGCUGCUUGAGGGAAAACAUCCGCCACCUCCAGGCGGCCUACGUGGCCCCGGAGAAGCACGAGAAGGAGACGGGGGCCUUGAAAGCGGCCAUUGCGGACCUGAGAAAGCAACUGGCGGAGCUUGGCCAGGCAUGCGAAGAGGAGCGAGCCUGGGCCGGUGAGCUGGCGUCCAAAAAUGCCGCUCUGCUCGAGGUCCUGACGCAGCAGUAUGUGCCCCUUGCCACUCACGAGGAGACCAAGGCUGCGUUGAAUGGCACCCUGGAAAGGACAGGCCAAGAGCUGUCGGAGCUGAAGGGGGAACUGGAAGGCGUCAAGCAGGAGUUUGUGAGAGUCACCGAAGAGAACCGGGCCCUGGAGCAGCAGCUGCGGGGCCUGCAGAGGCAAGUCCAAGGGGAGUUCAUCAGCAGCGGGGAGCAUGCCCGGCAGGUGGCUGCUCUGGAGCGGAGCCUGCAGGAGCUGCGGGGAAGCCACUCGCAGGCGCUGGCCCAGUCCCAGCAGAAGCAGGAGGAGGUGGCCCAGCUGCAUGCCGAGAUCGCAGCCCAGAGGCAGGAGCUCGACACCCUCCAGGAGUGCCUCCAGUCCAAGUACGCCCCCCUGGCCAGCCUCCAGGAGAAGGAGCGGCUCUUCGAGGCCGCCCGGCGGGAGCUGCAGGGCCGGCUGCGGGAGGAGGGCGAGCGGCGCCAGGCCACGGAGGAGGAGCUGCGCCAGUGCCGCCAGGAGGGCCAGCAGCUCCGCAGCAGCCUCCAGGCCCUCCAGCAGGACCUGCAGCAGAACGACGUCCUGGCCGAGAAGGCGCACGAGCUGGCCGGCAAGCUGGAGGAGCUGCAGCAGGAGUGUGCCGCGCUCCGGGCGGAGAAGGAGCAGCUCCAGGCGGAGAGCGCCCGGCAGCGCGCGGAGGCCCUGGCCGCGCAGAGCCGCUCCGUCCCCGUGGAGCAGUUGGAGGCCCUGCAGAGGACGCUGGGCAGCACCAUCGAGGCGCUGGAGGGGGAGCUGCGCAGCCAGGCGGCCGGCUGGCAGCAGGAGCUCCAGAAGGGCCGGGAGCAGCAGCAGGAGCAGCUGGCCCGCCUGCAGGGAGCCUGGGAAGGAGAGGCCGCCGCCGCGAAAGCCGCCCUGCGCGAGAAGGAGGGCGAGAGCCAGGCCCAGAGCCAGGAGGCGGCCCGGCUGCGGGCGGAGGUCCAGAGCGCCCGGCAGGCCCUGAAGGAGCUGGAGAGCCGCGGGCUGGCGGAGCGGGCCGAGCACCAGGCCGCGAGGGGCAAGCUGGAAGGCCAGGUGGGCAGCAUGGCCGAGAAGCUGGCCCAGCUGAGCCGGGAGCUGGAGGCCGUGCGGGCGGAGGAGCGCUCCACCAAGGACGAGAAGGAGCUGCUGCAGUCCCGGAGCUCCAGCAUUGAGCAGGAGAUCAAGGAGCAGAAGGAGAGGUGCGACAAGUCCCUCUCCACCAUCACCGAGCUGCAGAAGAGGAUCCAGGAGUCGGCCCAGCAGGUGGAGGCGAAAGAUAACAAGAUCACGGAGCUCCUGAAUGACGUGGAGCGGCUGAAGCAGGCCCUGAACGGCCUCUCUCAGCUGACGUACAGCAGCGGCGUUCCGGCCAAGAGGCAGAGCCAGCAGCUCGAAGUGCUCCAGAACCAGGUGAAGACCCUGCAGCAACAGCUGGCUGAUGCUGAGAGGCAGCACCAGGAGGUCAUCUCCAUCUAUCGGACACACCUCCUCAGUGCGGUUCAGGGUCACAUGGAUGAAGACGUCCAGGCUGCCUUACUCCAGAUCAUCCGCAUGCGCCAGGGCCUGGUUUGCUAGGCAGGUGGACGCCCUUGCGGAUUCCCGAGUCUGCAGCAAAUUGGGAUGUAGCACUUCACAACAGUAGCUGGCACAUUGAGUUGAUCUUGCGUGCUGGUACUCUGAUGCAUCAAAAGAAAAAGAAGAAAGAAGAAAAGAAUAUACAGGUAUCCCUUUAUUCACUAUCUAGGCCAGAGGGAAGAACACCAAUGGGAAUUAGGUGGGUUUCUGUGACUUUACACUGUGCUAGAGCCCCACUUCAUUGCUAGACACAUUGAAGUGGUGGACGGCUUCUGCCUUUUAGGACCGACCAUCAACAGUAAAGGAUCCAGCAGUCAAGAAAUACAAACAAAAAAACAAAAUGUUGUGAAAACCCUGUGAACUUUGCAUGAGAACCACCCUGAGAACUAUCUCCCCCCCUCCCCCGGCCAAAAAAAAAAACCCGCAGUGAGAGUACCAAAGUUGUUUUGGAUAAUCACUGCACUCAGUGGCUGUAGACAGCUUGGAAUGAUCUCCUGUACUGAGAUCCUUGUGCAAAUACACCAGAAUGUAGACACACAAAAAACAGAUUUGAAACAAAAAAAUGGGUACCACACAGGUGAUCCUUGCCUACCUGGGUGCAAGGUGAGUGCACCGAUUGGAAGCAGAAGGUAGGCACCCCACCUCUUCUGGAACCCUAUUGGCCAGAAAAGGGCAGGAUGGAUUAGAGGAAAGCCUGCUGGGUGAAGAAACCAAUAUUUGAAAAAAUGUGAGGAAGUGUAAUGUCAGUGGCCCCAUUUUACCUGCUAACUGAGCCAAGAGGCACCUUUUAAAGUGAUGACUCUCUUCUAUUUAGCAGGGGGAGAGCAACUGGCCCUAUCCAGCCCCAGCACAGCAUCCCUCCAGUGGCUGCUGCUGCUGUCUACUUUAUAUUUCUUUUUAGACUGUGAGCCCUUUGGAGGCAGGGAUCCAUCUUAUGAAUGUAUUAUUGUUUUCUCUAUGUAAACUGUUUUGGGAACUUUUGUUGAAAAGCAGUAUGUAAAUAUUCAUAUGUUUGUUCACACUUGUUAAUGCUUAUUGGUGCUUAUAUGCGCUUUAUAUACUCUUGUCCUGACGUAUAGCACUUUACACUGUAGCAAAGCCCCCAGUCUGGGAAACCUCCAGAUUUACAACAACAACAACAAAUAUUUAUAUGCUGCUUUUCAACAUAAGUUUCCAAAGCGGUUUACAUGGCAAAAUAAUAAAUAAACAAGCAUCUAAUUGUACUUUUGCCUUCGUGGGCAAGCCGCUGGCUGGAAUUUCUGCACCAAGGCGUUGUGGGCCAUCUCUGCUAAGGCCUUUUCCAUUUGAUCACUCCAUGAAAUGGAUUUCCCAUGAAUGAUGGCGUAAUAUCCCAAUAUCUCACAAUAGAUGGCUUUGGUGGUCCCUGCACAGGGGCACAAAAUGGGAUUCAAGGGCCAUGGAGUAUAUUCACAGACAAAAGCCACAUUCAUCUAUGUUUUUUUCUUCAGCUUGGAAUAAUUAGGCAUGUGAUUUUCAAAGUGAUGCAUGAAAAGCAGGACAUCAGUUUGGAGGGGAGGCUUAGUGUGGGCAGCAGGCCUGGUGCAGUGGCCAUCCUUGCAGCUUUUCAUUAACCCUCUUGUUACAUCAUCCAGAGAAGAAAGGUGAAAAUGUUAACAGGCUUGUUUUGUGGUGGCAAGGAGAUGCUGUUCGAGAGAGCCCUGGGCACUAGCCCACGUGUGCUCCCAAAACUGAAAAUGGAGAUUGAUUACAUUUCAUUUGCUUUCAUCCCUGAGAAGCUGUUUGUGUCUCCCAAGAGGUUGCGUUCAAGUCGAAGGGGAAGGAGAGGAGGAUUCAGGGUCGGGAAUAAUCACACACCCAGGAAAAAACAAGAGAGAGUCUAGAGUCAACUUAAAGAGGAACGCAUUGGUUGUGACCCGGGCUUUGAGAGGUGGGAGCUGGUGCUGGACUUUCUUCUCACGUGCUCUGCUGGAGCUGCUAAAGAGAUCCUGGGGAGCAGUUCUGGUCAGCUGUUUGCCUGCACUUGCAACUUGGCCAAGGACCAAGCCCAUGCUGAGCAUGUCCUCCACAUAAACGGUCUUGGUAAGAUUCCCAGGGAAACUCAAAGCCGCAAAGACAGAGAGCUAGAAUUGAGUCUGGGCUUUGCUGGGAAGAUCUGAGACUGCAGAGUUCCCAGAUGUAAGUCCCCACAUGUGGUUGGACUACAACGACCAUCGCCCCCUGCCACAAUGGCCGAAGAGCUGCUGUGCAACGACAUCCGGGGGCCCAAAGUUGAGACCCCUCCCUUGACCCAAGAAGGAGAGGAGCUUGAUCAGUCUCUCUGUGUUUGAAAGAAGUUCAGGUUGCACAAACUAUUAUCUCAGAACUUGACAGCUGUGGCUUAAACAGAAGGCAGAGAAUCUGCUGGAGCCAGAGAAGGCAGAAGGCUGGGAAGCCGCAGGGCCUAACCACACUCUUUCGCUGCAUGCAGACCUCCGCUUCUUCCUCUCACAAGCCCUGACAGCCGAGAGAUUCUCUAGUAUUGCAGCUCCACUGGCCCCGCUCCGCAGAGGGCACCGUUUGAAGCCCUGGGAAGGCUCUUCCUGUGCCAGUUGGAUUCCCUGCUGUCCGUCUUCUGAAGAAGCGGCGGUUCUCAGGGCGGCAGGGCCUCCUUUGGCCAGGACAGAUGGACAAGACCUUGGAAGGGCUCUCGCGGCCUGAGUCAAGAGCACACUUUGGGACUUGCCAACCUUUGCAGUAAUAAAACACAACGCUCCUUCAAAAAACCAGCCCCCUCAAGGUUCACAGGGCUGGUACAAUGGUUACGCUCCAAAGAACACACCCAGCUU